UUUUUUUUUUCUUCUUCUUUUCUGUUACUUCAUCCUUUUCUUUAGACUGUAUAUAGAUAUAUAUUUUUUUUUAAUGAUCAAAAACUUUGGCAAAAUAAGACAAUGGGCAGGUGAAAAGUUGGGGGCAUCUCAUGGUACAUUACCUUCAGAGGAAUUCAAGGACUUCCAAAGUGAAACCAAACAAAGACAUGAAGAUUUUGAUCAAAUGCGUCAUACCCUUGAAUUAGCUGUACAAUAUAUACAAAAGAACAAGAUUACUUCAGAUAAUGGUUCAAAACGAGCUCCUCUAGGUGCUUAUGGUGAGGCACUGGUAUGUCAUGCCAAUAUGUUUCCUCGUGAUUCAAUCCAAUGGAAUGCCUUGACUACACUUGGUUUAGGUGAAUGUCGUCUUUCUGAAAUGGAAGAUGAAUUCGCCAAAAGUAUCAAAGAUGAUUAUAUGGUAGUACUACAACAAUUCAAUCAAAACUUUAAGGAAUAUCUCACUCUUUGUCGAAAAUUGGAAUCAAGACGAUUGGAUUAUGAUGCAAAGUACAAUCGGCUACAAAAAGCGAAAAAGGAAAGUCCGGAUUCUGAACAAAGUGUACAAGCUGCCAAGGUCAAAUAUGAAGAAACCGAAUUCGAUGUAGUACAAUGUAUGAUUACACUUCAAGAAACAGAAGAUGAUCAUAUUGAUGCCUUACGAAACCUAUUGCAAAAUCAACUUUCUUAUCACAAAGAAGCAGUCAAGAUAUUGGAAAACGCAAACAAGAAAUGGGAUCAGUGUGAUGGACAAGAUACUAGAAUCAACAAUGAUCAAAAAGACUCUGAUACUCAAAAGGUUGAAAAAAAUCAAAUCAAGGGAAAACAAAGAAAGGCUAUUUAUGAACAUGUUCAAGAUCAUCCUGAUGAACUAACAUUCCAUGUGAACGACAUCAUCAAUGUAGUGGAUAAGGUGGACAAUGGCUGGUGGCUAGGCGAAAUGCCUGUCAAGAAUGGACAGCAAAAUACCCGUGGGAUCUUUCCUGUUAAUUACACCAUACCUUAUCCAGAUGCCAAUGAUGAAAGUAUGGAUACAGAUGAUAAUAGCAAGAACCAUUCAAGUAAAAUGGAGAUCAGCAAAAAUGGAACAGUGAUAACAACAUCGUUACAAGGAUCAUCCAUCAUAUCACCAACAGAAACGUCACCUGAUUCUUUAUCAACCACAUCAACUUCUCCACCGUUACGACCAUUAUCAACAUCUAUAGGUUCAUCCCCUUCAUCGGCAUCAUCAUCAUCACCUGGUCAACAGCCUGUACAUCAAAUCUUACCAACUUCUUCUUUACGUCCACCUCAACCUGUCUUUCCUGAAAGUCUUCCAACUACCUCACCUCCAACAACAAAAGCCAAUCACCAAGCAUCAUCAGAUCAACAUCAAGAGUUGCCUUUGAAGAAAACCCUAUCAAAAACAAUAGCUAGUAAAGAUAGUCAUCAUCCUUUACCCCCCACACCAUCUUCAGAUUAGUUUUAUUUUGGUGAUACCCUCCAGUUAUAUGAUGUGAAAUAAACUUUCUUUUUGCUUUUAUUUAUUUAACUAA